AUGACGAAACUAACGCGCAGACGUAAGAGACGCGAUCGUUCGAAAACGAACAGUGCUGUUAUUGCCGAAGCAUUGUUUCCAAACUUUUCCAAACGGCCGUUCGAUGAAAUUAAUAGUAGUAAUUCCAAUGGAAUUAAACGACGAGCUCUAUCAGCAACAACAGGAAGUGAAAAUCAAAUUUGUUCAGUGGUUAUUAUCGAUAAUCAAUCAGAGAUUAAACAACCGACAACGAUGUUUGACAAUCUUGGAGAUCAAAAGAAACCCGUUACUACGUUCGAAGGCAGUUUGCCGAAUGAAAUCUUAUUUGAAGUGUUCAAAUAUCUCUCUCAGUCGGAUCUGUUUUAUGCGUUUUUAAAUCUUAAUCAACGCUUUAAUCACGUACUUCAACCCUACACACAUCAUAUCGAUUGUUCCAAGUUAUCUAUUGAACAAUUCGAACAUAUCCGAAAUCAUCUGUCCAAUGUUAAAUCAUUGGUGAUUAACAAUCAGUAUGCAAUUAAGCAAGUAUUCCGUAUUGAUUUGAACCUUCACCGUUUCCCAUUUCUCGAACGCUUAUCGCUCGUUGAUCCGACUAUUGAAGAACUAAAUUUAAUCUUUUCUAAACUUAAACAAAUGUCGAUUCGCACACUCAACAUUCGAAUUCAACGACCGUCAUCGUCAACAAACGAAGUCACAUACAAAAGCUGCCUACAGCAUCAUCUUUUCGGUUUAACACAAAUCAAAACUUUACAGUCGAUAACCAUCGAAAUGCACAACAACGACUAUCUACAAUUCGUUGCUAAAACAGACAUCCCAGCGAAUUAUGAUCACUUGAAAGAGUUGACCAUACCCUUACGAUCGUUCGAUAGUCUUUUGUUACUAUUAGAACAUGUACCGAACUUACAAAAGCUAUGUGUGAAAUUAUUUGCUGAUCAAACCCCGCUGAAUGUUCCCUUAUCUGGCAAACCUCCGAUAAAUUUAGUUGAUUUUGAAUUGCAUGUGACAGGAAAUGAAUUGAAUUUCGAUCGAUUUGUCCUACUAAUGACAAGUCGAAUACGUGCAGCUAGAUUAGAACGUUUAGCUUAUUUCAAUCGUACUACAACUGAUCAAACGUAUUUCAACGGCCAUCGAUGGGAAAUCUUCCUUGAAAAUUCCUUUCCACGUCUGAAACAACUUCAGUUUUGUUUCGAUAUGCCUGUUGAUGAUAUUCAUACUCGGCUCAAUUCGAUACUUGCAUCAUUUUCAUCGUUCGAUAAUCAUUGGCCCAUCGGACAUAUCAUCUGGCGUCCACAUUCGAACAAAACCCGAUUGAAACUCUUCACCUUACCAUAUGCAUUCGAUACAUUAAAAUUAUCCACUUCGAAUUCGCGUUUAUUCAAUCAAUCAAUUCUGAAAAAGAACUUCAAAUCCGUUGAAAAACUAGUGCUCGACGCUACACAUGGAACCAUCAAUGAAAUCAAUCAGCAACUAAUCGAAUUGUUCAAACAACACUGUCUGAAAGUUCAUACUUUACAAAUACAAAAUAUCGUCAUUCCAACAACUGACUCAUGUCAACUAUCAUCGAAGCCAUCCAAUCUCGUAUUUCAACAUUUGAAGCAUUUGAUUAUCAAUGAAUGUGAUGGACGAUUAUUCCCAUUAAUCUUUUCAUUGGCACCUUAUUUAACAACAUUGACAGUUACAGGUUAUUUGCUUAUCAAAUAUUUCCUUCGAAUUCCAUCGCCGGAUGCCUCGUAUUUGACACGCAUUCAAGCCUUAGAACUAAAUUGCAUGCAAAUCGAUCGGCAGAAUCGUUUAAAUCGUAUCCUAACCGAUUUACCGGCAUUGUUUCCCUAUCUUGAACACUUAACCAUUGAUAUUAACCCAAAAUUAUAUGUAGAUUUGAAAACAAUUAAAACAAUGUUAGAUGUUUUCAUUGAAUUAAUCAGUUUGAAAAUUCAACGAACAAAUAAGUAUAUCUUGGAUAAAAGUCCGCAAGAUGAUCGACAGGUUCGAAAUUAUUUCGAAAUCAACUCACUUCGUUUACAUCAUAGUGAAACAUAUGAAAUUAUUUGUAAAGAUAGUCAAUUUGAAAUUUGGUUAUAG